ACCUUUUAUUGAAUGUGAGGUGUAUGUAUCCUGGUAUUGGAAAUGAACUGUUAGAGCCUGACUGUAUAUGUGCAUCGUUACAGUAUAUUAUUCAUCCUGUGUCAAAUCAGGCCACAGAGGAAGAUGUGAUUCAGUUAAUUGUCUUUGCCAGGAUAUGGUGCGAUUAGUUAUGUGCAAGUAUCAGCUCAUAAUCAGAAGUUGUAAAUCAGAAGACAAAUCCAGCAAUAAUCUGGAGGACACUUAUAGCCCAGCUUUGAUGUGUCUUACCUGUGGGUGUUUGCUUAAAUUACUGUUUAGACUGCAUGGAUUCACCUGAAUUUUUAAAAUGGAGCAGAAUGGAUUAUAUACAUGCACAUUACUAUGCAUAGGGGGUGUGACUGACGAAAUGUGAAGUGGGGCUUUUCCUGGUUGGCGUACGGUAUAUAUAUGUGGAUCGGGAGAUGUUUUUGUUUACAUCCUGUGAGGGUGUUGUAUCGUAAGCCAAGCUUAAAAAGCUAGUCUCUACAGGUGAAUGAACAGGGGAAAAAAAGUUUAACGUUUUAAAAAAAAAACCAACAUACACACUCUCUUCUGCACGAAUUGAUUGAGCAGGAACUUUAUAUAUAUAGAGAGAGAGUAAAGUGUGAAGUUUAAAACUGUGUUAUUCAUGAUGGCCUGGCAUGGAAAUGGAACAGCAUCAUGUCCCAACGUCAUCAACAAGCCGACUGUGAUAUCUAUGGUCGGAUUACCAGCCCGCGGAAAGACGUACAUGUCAAAGAAACUUACACGCUACCUGAACUGGAUUGGGAUUCGCACCAAAGCUUUCAAUGUCGGAGAUUACAGGCGAGCAGCUUGCACUGAUUAUUGCAGCCACGACUUUUUUCGAGCAGACAAUGUUGAAGCGGAGGGCAUUCGACAGAAGUGUGCGCUGUUGGCAAUAGACGACGCCUGUAACUUUCUACAGAACGGGGGAGAAGUAGCGGUGGUCGAUGCCACAAACACAACACGCGAGAGACGGAAGCUACUGUUUGACAUCAUACAGGUCAAGCACAAGUUCAAGCUGUUCUUCAUUGAGUCCAUCUGUGAUGACCCGACCAUUGUGGAGGCCAAUGUUUUGGAAGUGAAGGUCUGUAGUCCAGACUACAUUGGGAUGAAUAAAGACGAGGCAGUGCAGGAUUUCAUGAGGAGAAUCGAACACUACAAUGACAUGUAUGAACCGCUGGACCAUACCACAGACAAAGACCUGUCUUAUAUACAGAUCUUCAACCAGGGCGAGAGAUUUCUAGUACACAAACUUGCAGGUCAUCUACAGAGUCGAGUUGUAUACUACUUGAUGAAUAUUCAUGUAUUACCUAGGACGAUUUACUUGACAAGGCAUGGAGAAUCUGAGAUGAACUUGCAGGGAAGAAUUGGAGGAGACAGCAACCUCUCACCCAGGGGAGAGGAAUAUGCUGUAGCUUUGGGGGAAUAUGUGGAAAAGGAAAAAAUUGCUAAUCUGAAGGUGUGGACGAGUGAGCUAAAACGUACCAAAGCCACGGCCAGACAUGUGGAUGCACCCGUGGAGAACUGGAAGGCCCUCAAUGAAAUUGACGCUGGUAUCUGUGAAGGCAUGACGUACGAGGAGAUCCAAGAGAUGCACCCCAAGGAGUUCGCCCUGCGUGACCAGGACAAGUUCCACUAUCGGUACCCAGGAGGGGAGUCAUAUCAGGACCUUGUAGCGAGACUGGAACCCGUCAUAAUGGAGCUAGAGAGACAGGAGAAUGUGUUGGUGGUCUGUCAUCAGGCCGUGGCUCGAUGUCUGCUGGCCUACUUCCAGGACAAAUCCUCAGAAGACCUGGCCUAUCUCAAGGUCCCACUUCACACUGUCAUCAAGCUGACCCCAGUAGCUUAUGGCUGUAGAGUGGAGUUUGUCAGCCUUAACAUUGACGCUGUCAACACACACAGGGAAAAACCAAAGAACGUGAAACCUGAUAGAAGCAUUAACGAAGCUCUGGAGACCGUACCAGAGCAUAUAUGAGGUCGUCAUAGAAAAAAUCCAGGACAAAACCAUGGUAACUAUGUAUCUGAAGUUACCAUUAACCAAAGAGACAGGGACAUACAACAUCGUCAUCUAAACCAAAAAAUAUGGCAACACAUGAGAUUUAUCAUAAGCGGGUGAAAUUUUCAGAUAAAAAUCCCAAUAUGUGUGCUGCUAGCUUGGGAAUGAAAGGAGUUUUCAGUUCUGGUAUUUUGGUCAUCUCAUACAUACACUAAAAUGGAGUUUCUGACUGAAAUCAACCGAACAGUACGAUUUCAGUUUGUUACAGAUUACAUUGACAAUGCCAAUGAUGGACCGUGUCUUUGUCAUACACUCUUGUCAAACGGUUACUUUUUUUAACUGAAUGGUUAUUGUGUUUUCAGUUAAGAUUUUUAUGUUCUUUUGCAUAUGAUAACCUAUGUUUUUAAGAUGAUUCAUUUUGACUGUGAUAUAAAUGGAAAUAGAGUUAAGAAUAUUUAGAAAAUUUAUUUUGAAUUCCAAUAUCCUGUUUUCUUUAUAUAUUAAAACCUGCCAAUUCUUCUCAUUAUGAAUGAAAACGAAACCCCAACACAUAACCAAAUUCUUGUCUGUUUUAUUUUUAUUUUUUCAUUUUUUAUAAACCUUUGGACCACAGUUUUAACCAAUAUCUAAGACCAAUGGUUUGUUUUUUCUGAAAUAAUCUUCGAAUUCAAUUUUAAUUAAAGCCUAAGGCAUUAUAUUUACAUUUUUCAGUGGCUUUGCCUGUGAUAACACUACGUAUCGAUUUUGUACUAUAAAACCCAUAACUUCAAAUAACGCCAAAUUGAGGCGCCAGCGGGGUUUGCUUAUUUUAUAUUUAAAUAUUUAAUCGUACAAUGGCACAAAAUUAUAUAAAAAUAAGUAAUAAGGAAUCAUUCUUUGAAUAUUAUGAGGUGAUAAUUUCGGUUGGGGCGUGAUCAAAUCUAUCAUAAAGCCCUGUGGGCUUUAUUGGAUUUGAUCACGCCCCGACCAAAAUUAUCACCUCAUAAUACUCAAAGAAUGAUUCCUUAUUCCUUAUAUAAAUGCUGCAAAAGUACACUACACAUGAUUUUUAGGUAUUAAGAAAGGACUAUAUGUUGGAUUUUGAUUUCAGAAGCAAUAAUUUAAAAAGAUCUGAAUUAUAUCUGCUUCAGUGUUCCAUUUAUGGCCAUUUGGUAGAGUAACUAAUUUUUAUAUUUGUCCUUACAAUCACUGGUUGAUGUAAAGUUUUUGGUAGUUAUCAUGAAUGUGUUUUGCAAUGUCUAUUUAUAUGAAUCCUCACAGUUAAACAUUUUCACUUUGAUAUGUUAUCAUAUAUACAUGACUGUCCAUUGUCCAUGUAAUUUAAUGUACAUGUUUCUGUAAAAGUUGGUUUCCUACCAGGAUAUCUUUGUUUUAACAUAAAUUAUAGAAAUUGGGGUGAAUUUAUAACACUCUCUAAAAAUAAAUGAUUUAUGUAAUAUUACUGAUGAAAUAAAAUACGCAAUACUUUUGUUUUAUUGUGAAUUCAUUGCAUUGGUUGGUUUUUGUUGUUUGGUUGGUUCUGCAUGUCGAAGUUAGACUCGGAAAUGUGCUGUACAUUUAAUAAACAAAAAUAUUUCAAAAUUCCAUAUUGGAAUAAUAGUAUAUUUAAUUUGAAUUAAAAUAGUGAGACUCACUUUUUCAUUUUAGUAAAUAUAUUCUUGAUUGCCUUUUAGAAUACUUCGUGUAAUAUUGUAUUACAUGUACUUGUAUUUUCAAAUUAAUGACAAAAGUCAUUGGGUACCUUGAGGUGAUAUCAUCAUUAAAACAGUGGAUUCACAUGGUGAAAUAUUGUUACAAGUUGAGUGCAUUGGACACAUACUUACAACUGUUUGGAAGAAUUUGGUGUAAUCUUUCUCUCUUAAUACAAAAUGAAAUAAAUUAUAAGAAUCUGGUAAAACUGAUGGCAAAAAGUACUGAUAUUUGUAAUAAGAGUUUUCAUUAGUUAUUUUAGCUAUCAAAAUUGCAUCAUCUGCAAUAGUUUUUUUUAUGAAAAAAUAAAUGAACACAUUUUUCACCAUGUAUAAGGAAAUACAUGUAUAGCAAACUCUAACUCAUGAUUUGUUUAUAAUUAAUAAGUAACAUCGCUAUCGCAGAUAAAGAAGCAGAUAGAUGAGUUCCGAAAGUCGGCCCUGCUGACACUGUUCGAGAUCUUUCUGAUGGCAAGACAGGCAAACUGGGGGAACAGAGGCCAGCUUCUUCAACAUCAGCUGGGUCAUAAAGACCAUGGAGGAAAUGAGGAUGACGGAAGGGUUCGUGGAGAAUGUGAUCGACCAGAUGAUGAAGUUUAUCGGGCCGACUCGUAAAGACGCUCUGAUGCCUCAGGAGGCGGUGACUCUCUAUGUACAGUUCUCCGUCCUACAGACUUUUCUACACUACAGUCCCAAGAUCUCUGCCUUCAUCCGCAGCCACUAUCUGGAGGAGUUUAAGUACUUUGUGCAGGUGCCUGUGGUGAUGAAGAAGCUGCCCCAGUCCUACCCCAUCUGUAUGAUCACUGUGACCCUCAUCGAGUCGGUCACCAACAAGGUCCUUGAUUCAGGAACCUCCAUCUUCCCCAAAUCCCCAAGGUAGCAUCACAUGACCGUCAUGUGACCUCACAUCACAUGAACACAUGUCACAGGGUGGUGAUUUAUGAUUGGUCACCGGCAGAAACAUGACACGCUUUGAUUGGUCAGAUCUGAGAUCUGAUACAGUUCGUUGCUGCAGCUUGUCUUUUAUAUCACGGCUUGCACCUCAACAGAGCGAAUUUUAUGGACUAUUAUUUAUUUUUCAGAAUUUUUUAAAGUGUUUUUUCUUGCAAAGAGGUGACAGACUUUAUCCAUGGCAUUAUGAAGUAUGACAUUUGCAAUAUUUAUUUACAUGUAUGUUUGUCUAGAUAUUAAUCCCAUGCUUGUUUGUCAGUUUAGAGAUAUUUUAAUUAUUAAUUCAAUUAAUUUUAAAAAUGUAUAUUUUAAUUUAUAUUUAUACCUGUGUCGCAGUGCCUUUGAUGGCACUUUUUGACUUUAGAUAUAUAUUUAGAUAUAUUUUACUUUAUUGUAGAUUUAUUUGAUGGUAGGCUAUCGUUCAAUAAAUGCUUACAUAGUGAAUAAGUAACAAAGAUAAGAAAACAUGAAGCCCACACCAUCCUGAAGUUUGUGUGUGUAUGGAGGCUCUCAGUACUUAUCUUAAUCAUUCAGUGGUACUACCAUAAGAUUCACAAUUACAUGUAACCAUUUGUAAAUUUUUGUAAACAAUAUACAUGUAAGGUUUUAGAAAUAAGGAUAAAAAAAACCUUUGAACACAAAAAAUGAUUGAAUUAUAAUAGUUUUGAAGUUAUAUUCUUAAGGUGACUGCUUAACUGGACAAUUUACAUGUGACUGUAAAGUUUUGACCUUUAAUUAGGCCUAGGUAAAAACUUAACACUAAUUAUGUUACAUAAUAUACAAAGAGGCACAUUGUCAUCAUAUUUUUUUUUUAGAAAUCCCAAAAGUAUCAUGUAACAAUGCUGUUCAUUUGAUGACAUUCAUUUUAUGAGUCAGUAUAUUUUGGGGUCAAAUAUUUGUUAAUGCCCGUAAGAUAUUAUGUACAAUGAACAUCUCUCUCUCUCUCUCUCUCUCUCUCUCUCUCUCUCUCUCUCUGACAUAAAGAAACCAUUCAGCUACAUGUUUAAGUUUAGUGUAAAAUUUGAUUGACUUAUUUUGUGAGUUCAAAAACUUUUCUAUUAUUUCUGGUUUAUAUUUUCCAUUAAUGAAUUUGAAAUUUUUGAAUCUUUUAUUAAUGAAGUUUGACAUUAAGAACACUAUAGAAAAUCUACAUGUUCAUGUAAAUCUUUUAUUUUAUGUAGGCUGGCGUUAUGAUCACAAGUUCACAUCGCUGUCAUACUGGUCAAAGGGAAGCAACUCAUUACAAUUUUUACACAAACAUUUUAGUCACUGAUAUCCAUUGCAUUCAUUGAGAAAUGGUCUUUUUUCAGUUUUUAUGAGUACCUGUUGAAUUCUUAUAAAUGUAAGUUCAUGUGUUAUUGCAAUCUUACAUACCCUGUUAGAUGUGUUUUUUCUCAUUUUUAUGAUAUUUAUAACCUUAAAAUAAUUAAGUUUUUGGUACAUGUAAUAUUUUCUUCUACUGAAUAAUGCUAUGUGUAAUUUUUGAAGGCUUAAAGUUACCUCUUAGUGAACUCGCCAAAAAAAUAAAAUUCAAAACUAUGUACAGUUGUUUAAAGAGGCAAAAAUUGCUUCUUUGAAAUGAAUGGGAUAAUAUUAAAUAUGGAAUAGCAUAGCAACAAACAUUUAUUUGGCAAUAUGUUAACAGAGAUGUCUGAUACAGAGCCCAGUAAUGUCGGACUGGUUUAUCUCCCUUUUCUAUUUCAGCUUCAAAGUGCCAAAGUGAUGUCUGAUUGUGAAAAAAAGUGGUGUUACUUGUACAAGUAAUGUCCAUCCUCAUUACAGUUCUCGUCCAUUAAUUAUUUAAUUAAUGAAUUAGCUAGUUUAGUGUCAGCCAUAGUUAUGUCUGUCUCAAUGUGAUUUUUACUACGAGACGUAAGUAUCAAUUAAAGUUUAACAAAUUC